UGUAAGACUUUGAAGUGUUUUCUAUUCAAACUGGAAAAUAUAUAAAGGUGGGACUCAUUUAUGAAGCAGGCUGACCCAGAAAUUUUACUUCAUUUUAUACAUCUUUGACUCUAUGCAAACAUCAAACUAAGAAUGGCUAAAAUGAGUCUCUCGUCCUAUACAUUUAUACUAACCUUUUUUUUGUUUUCUCAAGGUAUUUUACUUUCGGCAAAGUCCAUAAGAAAUUUAGAAGAUGACAUGGUAUUUAAUACAUUUAGGCUCGGGAAAGCCUUCCAGAAGGAAGAUACUGCAGAAAAAUCAGUCGUUGCUCCUUCCCUGGAACAAUAUAAAAGCGAUGAGAGCAGUUUCAUGAACGAAGAGGGAAACAGAAAUUCAAAGAAUGCAGGCUUCAAACAUAAUUUCUUAAAUCAUGGUCUCCCACUGAAUCUGGCUAUAAAACCUUAUCUUGCACUAAAGGGAUCUGUAGCUUUUCCAGCUGAGAAUGGAGUUCAGAAUACUGAAUCAACACAGGAAAAGAGAGAAAUUGGGGAUGAAGAAAACUCAGCUAAAUUUCCUAUAGGAAGGAGAGAUUUUGACAGUGAGUAAUCUUUUAAAAUUCAAUUCUUACAUCUUAAUUCCAUAAAAUAAGACUCUGGCUUGAACUGAAGUUUGAGUCAAUCAUAACAGAAUCAAAUAAGACCAUGGU